CAUCAACUUCCGGUGUCACGGUACCUGGGAGACGGAGCAAAAAAAGCGGGCAUACCGAAAUCGUUAUUGUUUUCGAAAGCCUUCUAGCAUUUAAAGGCGUGUACAUUUGACUCUUUGUCAGAUAACUGCGCAUUGUGUACCAGUGGCCGGCUGGGAUUUUUUUUUGGCUCAGAAAAUAGUCUAAUUCAUUCGACUUUCGCACUAGCUCGCGCGCUAACGGGCGCACGGUCUCACGCCAACGUCUGGAGGCCGCGCGCUCCUGGACUUUGCUACUAGCUAGCUGGUUAACAUUAGCGAGCACGUUUUCUUUCUCAACGAUUCAGUCUGUUACGCUGUGAAUACAAAACAUAUAGCGGAUGUGUGUGCGGCUAACGCUUGUUUGAUACUCCGGUCGAUAAUUAGGCUGCGAGUUUAAGCGAAUUUAAUUGAGCCAACGUUACAUCGGCGAGGCUCUUGUUUUUAAGUGUUGUGCACUUUGUCGCUAGCUUUAGCUAUCUUCAGCUAGCCGCCGCCGACUGAACAACGCAGACGCUGAAAGCGUAGCAGCCGUCGACUCGGAAAUGUCGGACUUCGACGAAUUCGAAAGACAGCUCUCUGAAAACAAACAAGCUGAAAGGGACAAAGAAAACCGUCACCACCGCCGGUCCUCCUCCCGCAGCCGUAGCAGAGAGAGGAAAAGGAGGAGCAGAGACAGGGACAGACGCAGCAAGGACCGUCGCGGGGACAGUAAGGACGAACGCAGACACAGGCGCACCUCACCAGCCCCUUUCCCCCAGGACAAUGCUGGAAGUCGUUCUCCACACCGUGAGAAGAAGAAGAACAAGGUGAAGAAGUACUGGGAUGUCCCUCCACCUGGGUUUGAACACAUCACUCCCAUGCAGUACAAAGCCAUGCAAGCUGCAGGCCAGAUCCCAGCCACAGCCCUUCUGCCGACCAUGACUCCAGAUGGCCUGGCUGUUACUCCCACUCCAGUACCUGUAGUGGGCAGCCAGAUGACCCGGCAGGCCCGUCGACUCUACGUUGGCAACAUACCGUUUGGCAUCACAGAGGAGUCAAUGAUGGACUUCUUCAAUGCCCAGAUGCGUUUGGGUGGCCUUACUCAGGCCCCUGGAAACCCCGUCCUUGCAGUACAGAUAAACCAGGAUAAGAAUUUUGCCUUUCUUGAGUUCCGUUCAGUGGACGAAACAACACAGGCAAUGGCCUUUGAUGGUAUAAUCUUUCAAGGCCAGAGUCUCAAGAUUCGUCGUCCACACGAUUACCAGCCCUUGCCGGGCAUGAGCGAGAACCCCAGUGUCUAUGUGCCUGGUACACAGCCAAUUAAUGGUGUUGUGUCUACAGUGGUACCUGACUCGGCUCACAAGCUCUUCAUUGGCGGCUUGCCCAACUACCUGAACGAUGACCAGGUGAAGGAGCUCUUGACGUCGUUUGGGCCUCUGAAGGCCUUCAACUUGGUGAAGGACAGUGCUACUGGCUUAUCUAAAGGAUAUGCCUUCUGUGAAUAUGUGGAUGUCAACCUUAAUGACCAGGCUAUUGCUGGGCUGAAUGGCAUGCAGCUGGGAGACAAGAAGCUCCUGGUGCAGAGAGCCAGUGUGGGAUCCAAGAACGCCACUCUGACAAGUAUCAAUCAGACCCCAGUGACGCUGCAGGUGCCGGGUAUGAAUAGCUCAGUGACUCAAAUGGGUGGCCUGCCCACUGAGGUGCUGUGUCUGAUGAACAUGGUGGCCCCAGAAGAGCUGCUGGAUGAUGAAGAAUAUGAGGAGAUUGUGGAGGAUGUCAAGGACGAGUGCAGCAAGUACGGCCAAGUUAAGAGCAUCGAGAUACCUCGACCUGUGGACGGCCUGGAGGUGCCUGGGACUGGCAAGAUCUUUGUGGAGUUCAUGUCCGUGUUUGACUCCCAGAAGGCGAUGCAGGGUCUGACAGGAAGAAAGUUUGCCAACAGGGUGGUGGUGACCAAAUACUGCGAUCCAGAUGCUUAUCACCGUCGGGACUUCUGGUAGAGGAGGCAUGAAGAGAAGAGGGGCGGGUGGGGGGAGGGAGGGAACAUGUAUUGUCCAUUUUCGAAUAAGCCCCCUGAUUGAUUUGGCAGAGCAAUGUUUCAGGUAGAUCUGAGAGUAUCAAUCAUUUGACAAAUGGCUUUGGUGAUAUCCAAUGAAUCAUUUGAGAUCUAUGUGAAAUGUCCAGCAGUUAAAACAAUUUUUCGGAAUUGGAGGAUAGUGGGGAGUGUUUAUAUUGAGUCCAUAACAGACGGGUCUAGGUUUGGUUGGUAAGAAUCUAGCUGGGUGGGUGGGGAAGAUUUUUUUGAGUAAUGUGUGUAAUAAUGGGUCCAGGAUGGGGUCAACAAUUUUUAUACUUUGUGAGACAAGGAUGUCAUUUUGGGUGGGAGGGGGGGGUACCCCACUUUAAGGUUUGUAUUUAAACGGAGGCAGCCUGUUUUAAGUACAUUAGGAAGAAGUUGCAGCCGGGAACUAACAGGACUCUUCUGAUGGAGAAGAGGGAUAGUGAAAACAGGAGUGUUUAUUUGUGAGCGGGGGAGAUGGAGAGGAAGAUGAGGGCAUUUUGGCUUGACCAUCUAAUCUAGACACACAGUAGCUGUAACAUUCACUUCCGUUUGGCCACCAUCAUUAGAACGGUGGAGAAGUCCUAAUUUUUUUGAUUUUAUUUUUUGAUUUGAAUAAUCUUUUUGCGUUCCUUCCAUUUUUAUCAGACUACUGCCCCCCUCAGGACGAUUGUUAGAGAAUAUGUUGUCUAAUUGGACUCUUAUCUAAAUGUCAACUGUAAUUGUUCCAAUACUGUGUUUAGCUUCACUGAUUUUCAGCUGUAAUAUCACCUUAUAUUCAGGCCGCAGAAUAACGUGAGCUGCGGAAAAGAACAUUUUCAACUACACCAUUUUGAGUUCCCUUUUUCUGUAAUUUUUCACACGUGCACAGCUUUUAACAAGUGAGGUUGUUUGUCUCAGCAGUUCAGUCCUGAUUUAAUUGGAGAAAAUAAUUAAAAGAAUGAUGUGGAGAGGCAAACAUUGGUCUUUAAUAGAGGAUUUUUAUCGUCCUUACCAAAAGGCCUUAAUGUUAUUACAUGUCAAUUUGCUAAAUAAAUAAAUUUGGCUUCCCCCUCGACCAAUGAUGUCGGUACGUUAAUAAAUGUCACCAGCUUGUCCUUCAGCCUUGCAUCACUAGUUUUCAUCUAUCCUCGUUUCCCAGCAGAUUUGGGGUGUAAGAUGUGUUGGAUCCGGUUGUUUUUAUGUGCAACGUCUCGCCUCUUUAAUAAGACCAAAUAAACACAUGACUUGUA